CCCGCCCCCCGGGUGAUUUGAAUCGUUCUGCGGAAGCGACUCAUCCAAGAUCGAAGGCUUCGACGAAUUAGACGGCGAAGGGAAUCUUUUUAUUUCGGGUUCUUGUGUGGACGCAUUGGUCGGGGGAUUUCUUGGUGGAGUUGGGUCGGAGAGAUUCUAAGGGGGUCGGUGUCUUCUUUGAUGGGCCAAGAACAACUCUGGUUUGGUGGGAUUUAACAGCCGCCUGGACAGGUUUGCAGAGUUGGCGAGAGGUCUGUGCCGCCGGGUUGGAGUGGGAUCAUGCGGUGAAACGGGGGAAAUUUUGGCCAGUUAUUCUUUUUUUCUUGGCCCUUUGCAAUUGGAUUAGGGUUUCGGGAGGACUGGGAGAAAGGGGUGGCUUAAGGCACUUUGAACAGGCAGAUGGUAGAUGUAAUUUUCUUCAACAGAAAGCAGCAUGAAUGGUAAGAAAUGAGUAAAGAGACAAGGAAUUUUCUCAUCUUCUAAGGAACACAAUGAAGUGUUUGUGUUCGGAUGAUCAAUUGCGAGUAGAUGAAAUGGUUCAAUCGUCUGGGUCCCUGGCCACCAAGGACUGCUUGCCUGGCCAUUAUUCAUGUCGAAAUGGUGAGGUUGAGCGGAGGGUUGACACUGUAAACAUUGAAGAAGCUGAAUCAUCUCUCCGUGAAGGUCUUUGCUUAAAUGAUGAGGAAGCAAGAGCCUUGCUUGGAAGGAUAGAAUAUCAGAGAGGAAAUGUAGAAGCUGCACUUCAUGUUUUUGAUGGAAUAGAUCUUUCUUCAGUAGCUCCUAAGAUCAAAGCUGCUAUUGCUGAAAGAAUGGAACGCCCCAAGUGUCACUCAAAAUGGGAUGCACGAACAAUGUCCAUACAUGCAAUAAGCUUACUUGUUGAAGCAGUAUAUCUGAAAGCAAGAGCUCUACAAGAUCUUGGAAGGUUUAAAGAAGCUGCUCAAUCAUGCAGCAUUUUUCUGAACUCUAUAGAGUCUGCGUUACAUGAUGGCUUGCCAGGGAACUUUAUUACUGAUAAUAAAUUACAGGAGAUAGUGUGCAAGGCAGUUGAGUUGCUUCCGGAGCUAUGGAAACUGGCUGGAUUUCCUCAUGAAGCCAUCUCAACUUACCGAAGGGCCCUACUUGGACACUGGAAUCUUGAUGAUGUUACCAUGGCAAAGAUACAAAAAGAAUUUGCUAUCUUUCUUCUUUAUGGAGGCUGUGAUGCUAGCCCUCCAAACCUUCACUCUCAAAUGGAUGGUGCAUUUAUACCUAGGAACAACAUGGAAGAGGCAGUUCUUCUGUUAAUAAUUCUUUUGCGGAAAGUUUCUCUUAGGAGAAUUGAGUGGGAUUCAUCUAUCAUCGAUCAUCUGUCUUUUGCACUAUCUAUAUGUGGGCAGCUUAGUUCUCUGGCCGGUCAGGUAGAAGGGUUAUUACCUGGUGUCCUAGGUAUGAAAGAACAAUACUAUACCUUAGCCUUAUGUUACUUAGGAGAAAAUGAUGACCUUACGGCUCUGAAUUUGCUGAGAAAGCUACUGAAUGCUACGGAUCCAGAUUGUGUAAAAGCAUUGAUACUUGCUGCUAAAGUUUGUGGUGAGAAUACUUCUUGUGCAGAGGAAGGUGUUUCCUUUGCACGCAGGGCACUCACCAACUUGCAUGGUUGCUGUGAUCAAAUUGAAAGUGUAACUAAUUGUUUACUUGGUAUCUCACUUUCAGCUCAGGCUAGAUCUUCUUCCUCUGAUUCAGAAAGAGUUUCAAGGCACUCUGAGGCACUUGAGGUGCUUGAAAAAACUGAAAGAACGAUCCAUGGAAAAGACUGUAAAACCAUAUUCAAUCUCAGCUUAGAACAUGCUGAACAAAGAAAGUUGGAUGCAGCACUUCGUUAUGCCAAACAGCUUCUGAAACUAGAAGCUGGCUCAAAUGUAGAUGCGUGGAUCCUUUUGGCACGAAUAUUAACUGCCCAGAAGCGGUUUGUUGAUGCUGAGACCAUUAUCAAUGCUGGUUUGGAGCAAACAGGAAAGUGGGACCAGGGAGAACUACUGCAAACUAAAGCUAAAAUUCAGAUUGCAAAGGGACAACUGAAGAAUGCUAUUGAGACAUAUACUCAUCUUCUUGCCAUAAUUCAGUUGAGGACUAAGAGUUUUAAUUAUGGACUAAUGUCAUUGAAGGGUGGAAAAAGUGAGAGAAGUUUGGAAAUCCAGACGUGGCAUGAUCUGGCUAAUGUCUACAUAAGCAUGUCACUGUGGAGGGAGGCUGAAAUUUGCCUAUCUAAUUUGAAGGCUAUUUGUCCUUAUUCUGCUUUAAGAUGGCACGCUACUGGACAGCUAUAUGAAGCAAAAGGUCUCCUUCAAGAAGCUCUAGGGGCAUAUGCUAAAGCAUUGGAUAUAGAGCCAGCCCAUGUCCCAAGCUUGGUGUCAAGAGCAAUUGUUCUUAGGCAUCUUGGUGAUUGGUCAUUGGAUGUCAUUAGGAGCUUAUUGACUGAUGCACUUCGGCUGGACCGGACUAACCAUAUUGCUUGGUUUAAUCUAGGUUUAAUUUAUAAAGCUGAAGGUGCCAGAUCAGCACUUGAGGCUGCGGAGUGUUUUCAGACUGCUGCUUUUCUUAAAGAGACUGCACCGGUUGAACCCUUCAGAUGAGGUUUUUUGGAGUAAUCAACUCUGUGAGCUAUUUUAUAAACCUUCAUGGUUAUGUUUGUUUUCUGCAGUAUAUAGGAUAUGCCGUCUGUAUUGUAGUUUACUGAAAAUUGCAGCUUAUAAGAUCAUUCAGAGUAUUACUUGAAUCAAGAACCCAGCCUUCAUAGUUCAUAGAUGGUAAAUAAACAGAACGAGAUUUCCUUAUUGCAAUUAAUCUUAAAUAGCAGCAUGAUUAGUCUGAAGGUGACAAUUAUUCUUUCUUGAAACUGUGGAGAAUUUUCCUGGAAAUUUGAAAUGCAAAAAAAAAAAAAAAUCAGCCAAGAAGAAGCAGAACAUCAGGGGCUCAUUUAUUUGUAUUUGGUGCAUCCAAUAAUGAAUAUCUGACGAACAUAUGAAAAUCACUGGCAGAGCUAAUACUUGUCAACCAUGUGACGUUCCGUUCCCAACUCAUUCCUUUAUCAACUGUAGCACAUAAAUGAAAAAGAGACACCAGUAUGCCAUUGCAGCAGUACAUGUAAUCAUCUAAAGGAAGUUGUCCCCUUUCAUAGCAUUACUGUUAUAGGACAUCUUUCUGAGGAAGUUGGAGUUUUUUGCUGAAAUUCUAAAUGAUAUACGAGAAAUUUGGGUUGAGACUCUACAUUCUUUUCUUACGCACACAAGUAAAUAUUUUUUCUUCUCGCUUCAUGAAAUGGUCAACCUUUUACUGUUCCACGUUUGAUUCAUUGAUGUCCACAUGCAUCUUAUGGUAUGAAUCUGUUAUGUGGAGUUGUCAAGUUGCAUCAACUUUCCCUAGUUCUAGUCUUUGGUUUUAGAGAUAUUGUCCUAUCAUGCAUUUUUUCAUGUAAAAAUGUGGAAUAAAAGUAAUGUACUCAGCUGUAACCCUUUGAUCAUCAAUAUAUUAUUACUCAGAUUGAGGACCAACACCCUUGUGUGCUUGACACAUGAACUGUCAAUUACAAUCAGGUUGUCAUUUUAGUGGACCGGUUAAGAUUAUUAAAAUGCCUGAAAAAAUAAACAUUCAAGAACUGUUUUUUUUUUUUGCAUGCUUUUUUACUGGCUUACCUAAGAAGCAAAAACUUGGCACUUGGAUGAGAGCUACCCAGAACCAUGAACUUUCAGAAAUUUGACUGAAUUUUCCAAGUAUUUAUGAAGCUUACCUCUAAUUUUGAAGUUAAAAGGCUCUUGCAGCAGCUAGGGCUCAAAUGAUGUUAUUAUUUACUAUAUUGUAACUGAUGUGAAGUUUAGUGCAUGAAUCUUUGUUAUAUUAAAAUCUGGUAUGGCGCUUACAUUAAGUCCAAACCAUUGAUUAUUUCCUACUACACCCACAAAAUACUUCCUGCUCAAACAAUUUUUUUUUCUGCCAAAUGAACUUUUCGUGUAACUAUCUUAAGUCCAUACCACUGAUUAUUUCCAAAAUUGUUCAGCUUGCACACACUUCCUCUUGGAAAUCCUUUUACAGUUUUUUGUUUUCUGGAAAAAGUUAGCUUGAAUUUGAAAAUUAGUUACCAUUAGUCAUGAUGGUGAUGGUAUUGCUAUCUCUUGUUUACUGGCUAUAUGCUAACCUCUCUCCAACUUGAAUUUUCACUAAUGUAAGUGGUCUAUUGAAAGGAGUUUCUGCUGUUGACAUAUGCCAAAUCAUUUCAAGCAUACUGCUCUUCUAUAAUACUUUUGGAUUGCUCUAGUUUGUUGAUUCAAUAUUUGGGUCUCCUAAUAAAGCUUAUAGCGAUAAGGAUCAUGAGAAUUUGGGUCAUAUAAAAACAUAUUCCCACAAACUUGUUUGUGAUUGCAAAUUUCUUCUCUUGCCUAUUCUUCUAAGUGGGUUUACAUGUUCGUUUGCUCCUGAAUUUAUAGGCUUCGCAUGAAGUUAGAUAAAAACAAGGAUUGCAAUUUUGCUUGAUAUGGUACAGUAAAGGCGGUACAUGUUGGUCUAGCCAGCGACUGGCACAUGGACCACUCUGUAUCGGGCAAAACACAGGAGGUGGGGGUGUACCACCUGGUACAUCCCAGAAACUGGAUGAAACGAUCGAAUGGUACACCCCAGAAACUGGAUGAAACGAUCGAAACAUGAUCGUUAUUGACAUUUUUCGGUCGGUAAUAGUUGUAUCUUGACCAAUACACAUCAAGGGUCAGGAUUUGUCAUGGUCCAAUGGUCAAUUUGACUGUUGGACCUCAAUUUUGGCUUGGUUCAAAGGUUUAAAAGCUUCCUUACUCCCCUCUAAAUGACUGUUGGACCUCCUCAACUUUGGUCUAGUUCAAACUUCAAAGGUUUAAAAGCUUCCUCACUCCCCUCUUUCACUCCCUCUCACUCACACAAGUUUCCCCCUCUCUUUCACACUCACUCUUUCGUACUCUCUUAAUUGAGCUUCCUAAUCAUUGAUUAGAGGCUUAGAGCUUCAAUUGGAGGGAUUAAAGUUUUCAAACUUGUCAUUUGGUGGAAGAUCCAUCCUAUAUGUUUCGAUACGUAAUCUAACAUUGCUUGUAUCUUUGUAGAUGAUUCAACAUCGAAGAAACGGAAAACAUGCUACAAAGUUGCUUCUCAACAUCAAGAAAAGAUAAAUUCGCUAUCUAAACCUUAUUUCCACUCUGUUUUUAUUGAAAUCUAAUUUUAGUUGCAUUAAAUUUUAUUUAAAAGGCUUAAAAAAGGGUUUUCUCUAUUCCAAGUAUUCAAACAUUUUUUAUGGUUGUUUGGGUUUGUCAGUACAUACCGGCAUAUGAUACGUUGGUAAUGACCGGUACAUACCAGUCCAGCUAUUGACCGGCACCACCGGUCGGACCAAGAUGUCAAACCUUGGAUAAAACAGUAAUAUAUUGGUUGGUCUAUGGACAUUGUUAAUAACAGAAGCUUGGUGCUUAUGAGCUGAAUGUUCCCUUUGUUUUGGCGCAUGAAUUCUGUCAAAUAUGUUGUGGAAAUAUGCAUUAUUACUUGGGAGCAUGCAAGCUUAAAAUUUAUUCCUUAUGAAAUACAUGAAGGCAAGAGGAGAUCAUCUAUAAUUCCUUGGCAAUGCUGCUUUCAGUACUAUGUACACAUUGUCUAGGUUUGAGAAGAGAAGUUGACCAAAAACACAAACCACUUGUCCAAACAUGCAUUUGUAGGGUGUGGUUUAAUGGGGCAACUGGCAAGUGGCAUCAUCCGUCAACUUAAGCUUCGCAAAGGCUCUGGGGGGUGGAAUGGAGAUAUGGUGUUCACUGUAAUCUUAUACUUCUGGUGGUUUUUUAUCAUCUUUAAGAGUUGCUAAUUGCCAUGAACUCUGUAUGCAAUUACAAUAUUCUGGAGUGUGGAGUCUGAGACAAAUUCUAUACACUUCCAAGGACUGUUGCCUUCUCCUCGAGUGCAUAUCAAUCCAGAAUCUUGACAUAAUCAACCACAUAGGCUUUAGAAGAAUCUGAUCGGAAUAACAUAUGCCCCAUUGAGAUCUUGAAGCCUUAUUAUGUGGUUGAUGAAUGUCCUUGGAGGAAUGCCAAGAGGUGAUGUCAGUUUCGAUUUGACAUGCAUUCCUGUACAGUUGAAUGUAGUGUGCCUAAGGUAAUUGCGGAAGGAUAUGGUUGGUAUUGAUGACAUUAGGCCUGUCAAAAAGGAAAACCGAGGAAGAUAUCAUGAAUGAAAAGCAUUUACCCAAAGGGGGUGGGUGAUACAAACAUCAGCAUCUACAUUCUCCAAGAAUGAAAAGCAUGAUGGGGAAAACAUUUGACGACAAUGGAUGGAAAAAGGUCGGUCGGUAUGUAUCUCCUUGAUCUGAUUCAAUGAAGUUAUGCUUUAAAUGUUGGGUUGUAACACAUCUUUGGGACAUGAUGUUCCGAUUGGAUCACAACCUGCGAAUGCUGCUAGAUUGGUUUCCAUGCUGGUCUUCUGAUUGAAUAACUGCAGAUGAAAACAAUGUUAUCCAGAAUGUUUGUAGCAAAAUGCAAUAUGGCUUAUGAAUGAAAGCCUAUAUCAAGUAAGAUUCAGCUUUUUCCAUUUGA